CGCACGGCGGCGUUCACUGCACAGCCUCUGGAAACCCGAAUUCCAGCUUGAUGAAUUGCGUGUCCAUGAAGAUUAACCAGCUUUAAACGUGUGCUCAUAAGCCUAAUGCAUCAUGCACCAACAGUGUUGUAUUGAUGUUUUAUUUCUGUCAAACAUAAAUAGGAUAUUCCUGUUUUCUCUAGUCAAAGUCAGCAAUGAAACACUUGACUCCCGCUAGCACCUUUUGUAUUAAAAAGGAUUUAUCAUUGUAAUACCUGGUCUUGUAGAGAGAAGCUUAAGGGCAUGCUUCACAUAAAGUGCUUGACGAUUCUAAAGUCAACAAGGUAGAUUUUUUUUUUUUUUUUAAUUCCACCGUUUAUGACUGAAACGAGGAUGAAAACCUUCGUGCCCCGAGGGACGCGUUUACCCCGAGGCUGUCCUGAGGUCACUGCGGGAGGCCGAGGCAGCCACAAGCCGCUCCCUCCAUAGAAACCGGGAGGCGAUGAUAGGCUGAGGAGAUCCCGACUGCGGCAGCAGCUCCCGCCCCGGUGUCCCCCAGUGUCCCCUGGUGUCCCCAUGGCGGCCCCCGUGUCCCCCAGUGUCCCCGGUGUCCCCAUGGCGGCCCCGGUGUCCCCAUGGCGGCCCCGGUGUGCCCCGCUGUCCCCGGUGUCCCCAUGGCCGCCCCGGUGUCCCCCGCUGUCCCCGGUGUCCCCAUGGCGGCCCCGGUGUGCCCCGCUGUCCCCGGUGUCCCCAUGGCCGCCCCGGUGUCCCCCGCUGUCCCCGGUGUCCCCAAGGCCGCCCCGCCCUCCGGAGGCGGCUGCGCCCUCACUCAAGAUGGCGCCCCCCAGAGUCCCCGUUGGGCUCUGACGUCAGAGCGGCGGGGUGAAGAUGGCGGCUGUUUAUUUACCUGCGGCCCCCGCGGAACUUGCCCUUGUCCAACAUGGCUGUCGCUGCCCGAUUACUUCCGCCGGCAGCGGCGUGCGUUUGCCCUCAGUGGGGAUGGCCGAGCGCAGCGCGGAGAGGGCGGGGUGUGCCGGUGGCUGCGGAGUCAUAGGCCACUGCUGUUAUGUCCUGGGUACAAGUUGCAGUCCGCCAAUCCAAUGAGGAUAUAUUUGAUGAAGAUGCAGAUGAGAUGUAUCUACUGCAGAAGGAAUGGAACAGCACUAUGAAAAAAAGAUUGAAGGAAGGCUAUAGGGAUGGAAUUGAGGCUGGGAAAGAACUUGCACUCCAGACAGGCUUUAAUCAAGGUUACAGACACGGUGCCAAGCUGAUGAUUACGUGUGGCCAGUUCAAAGGAACCCUGAAUGCUCUCCUAUCCUGGUGUCAUUUUAAUGGACAUGAUUCUGCUUUAAGUACGAUAAAUAAUCUUCUUGAUGUGGUUGGAAAGCAUGAAGAUGAUCUGCUUAAGAAUCUGAAUUCUACUGAAGAACAGAGACAGCCACAUCUUGGACACAUUUUAGACUCAGUUCAGGACAUGGACCUUAAUCACACAGCUGUGACAGAGUACAAGGAAGUUAAAGAUGGAAAACAUGAAGACUGUGGCAGCUCCAGUGAAAAUAUUUGUAGGAAUAAUGGUGAGGUUGGUUCCUUGCAAUCUGAGUGCAGCAAGGCAAACCUCUGCACAGAUCCUGAAAAGUCAACCCUUGCUUGGGUUAAAAAGCAGACUGUUUGGCUAGUAGAGCAGCUGGGCUUAUCACUGGAUGUACUCCAUCAUGUACAGCAACUGGAACAUUAGUUUUUCUGUCUCAUGGUACUUAAAACUAUCACAGCUGGUUUUGAUUAUUAGUUUGUGGGCCAUGUACAGGAUGAUGCAUCACUUUUGUUUUAGGAAGAUAUGAUUUUGGUGCUCUACAGUAGAAGUGAUUUUAGUAAAUUUUCAUCAUGAUUUUGGCUCCUGGCAAAACCCUUCACUUUCAGUCUUAAAGGUAAUAUUUGGAGAAAGGGGCAAUGACUUCAAAGCUUUACAAAGAGUUACUAAACAUGUUACUGUUUUGUGUCAGGAGCUCCCAUCUCACCCUUAUUUUUUUCUUGGCAGCAGUUUGGAAAUGAAGUGGGUCCAUUAAAUAGCCCCUCUAAGUUGGUCCCUUCCAAUAUCAAAAGAAUAAAUGCUUAGUGCUAUGGAAUUGGUCAAUGUUUUUGCAGAAUUAGCUGCUGUUGAUGAUAUGCUGUGUGCAAAAUAGAACAUGAUAUGCUGCUGAUUCCUGGAGUGCUGUGACUUUCUAGUCACCUUUUGUCAAAUUCAUUGUGUUAUCUUUUGUACCCAUGAUGCAAUGCACUUAUAUUGAAAAAAACUAUUUUCCCUCCUUA